AUGUCGGAAAAAGGCACGGCAACAGCACCCGUUAAUCCUGAGGCAGAUCUAGCACACAUCACGGAAGAUGAAGAGUCCGAAAUACCCUCUACCUUUGCUGUAAAAAGUAAAGUGCACGGCUGUCUCCAAGUUCUGGGGGCUUUCUUUAUAUUCUUCAAUGUCUGGGGUCUAAAUCUUGCAUUUGGAACAUUCCAAAGCUUCUAUGCACUCACCUACAUCCCAUCAUCAACAUCUUCUGACAUUGCCUGGAUUGGAACAACCCAAUCUUGGCUCCUAAUCGUCGGUGGUCUACUAUCUGGUCCCCUCUUCGACCUCGGCUACAACCAGAGUAUGAUCAUCGUCGGAAGUAUCCUAGGUGUACUUGGUAUGAUGAUGCUCAGUCUUGCACAUCAGUACUACGCCAUGUUCCUAAGCCAGGGAAUUUGCCUUGGCCUCGGAUUUGGACUACUUUAUGUCCCCGCUAUUGCAUUGGUCAGCCGUUCUUUUACAACAAGAAGGGCCGUUGCGCUAGGCAUUUCGAGUAGCGGUGCACCCGUCGGGGGUAUUAUCUAUACAAUCAUGUUCAAUCAGCUUAUAUCGAAAGUGGGUUUCCCCUGGACUGUUCGUCUUAUGGGAUUCGUGAUGUUGGCGCUCUUCAUCGCGGCUGCUUUUAUGCUUUUGGGACCGGAAAGACAUUCAGUGAAGGUCAAACCCACCCAGCGUAGGAGCUUGAUUGAUGUGCGUGCUUUCAAGGAUUUGCCUUUUUGGAGCUUUGCUAUUGGCAAUUUCUUUCUUUACCUUGGUUAUAUUACGCCUUUCUAUUACAUUCCAACUUACGCGGAGACAAAAUUGGGCACAUCACCCUCAAUGGGAUCCAAUGUCUUGAUGAUUUCUCAGGCUUCUUCGGUUAUUGGUCGUGUUGUCUUGACUUUGUUCGCUCAUUACUUUGGGUCGAUGAUUGCUUGGAUCGUUUGCGGUGUCCUCUCGGGCGUUCUAUGUAUUUGUUGGAUCAGUGCAGAUACGCUUGUACGGUUUAUCCUUUUCGCGGCCUUCUAUGGUGGUAUCUCCGGGGCUUUGAUUCCUCUCCCGCCGAGUGUUUUCACUCACGUCUGUCCCGAUCCUAAGAGUCUUGGAACUUGGCUUGGAAUGGCGCAGAGCUUGAGCAGUUUUGCGACUCUUAUCGGCCCACCAAUAGCUGGUGUGCUCGCUUCAAUUGGCUCCAAUGGUAGUGCGGAUUUGAACUACCUAGGCAUUCAGUUGUUUAGUGGGAUAGUCAUGUGUUUUGGCCCAUUGGUCCCCUUCACUCCAGCUCUACGACCAACGAGCCAAACAAUCCCAGGGCGAACAAUUAUUCUCGAGAAACUCUCCCCAAAGCAUGCAGACGACCUUUUCGCCCUAACUGGUGGUCUUGAAUCAUCCAGGGAAGCUCUCUGGGACUACAUGUUUGAGGGGCCGUACUCAGACGCCGAAACUUUCAAAGCCAGCAUCGAAUCAAAAUCCACUUCAACAGAUCCUUUCUUCUAUGCAAUCAUCGACAAGCGCGACUCUCUUCCCACUUUAGGAAAAGCAAUUGGCUAUCUCUCUCUCAUGCGUAUGACUCCCGACCACCUGAGCAUCGAAAUCGGGAAUGUGAUGUACUCCGCUGCGCUCCAGCGCACGACUGCCGCAACAGAGGCGAUCUAUCUCCUCAUUCAGCACUCUUUCCAUGAUCUUGGGUAUAGGAGGUUAGAGUGGAAAUGUAAUGCGCUGAACGAACCCUCAAGACGUGCGGCUUUGCGCUUGGGAUUCUCGUUUGAGGGGGUCUUUCGACAGCAUCUAAUUGUUAAGGGGAGAAAUAGGGACACAGCUUGGUUCUCUAUUUUGAGAGAUGAGUGGGAUGCUUCGCUAAAGGCUGCUAUGGAGAAAUGGCUGGAUGCUAGGAAUUUCGGGGAGGACGGUGGUCAGAUUAAGUCACUGCAAGAUUUGAGAGCUGAGUUGAGUUGA